UUAAAAAGGAAAAUAUUAUAAUUUCUAUGUCAAAAAUCUAACACCCACUGGCCAAUACCACAGACUUUCGGAGUUUUCCGAAUUUGACCUAUUUUCCCUAAUCCGUCGAUUUCGAUCGAACAAUUAGGGUUUCUAUUUCUCUCUUCUCUCCUACCCCUCCCUCUCUCUCACUAAUUCUUUUUUUGUUUUCUCUCAGGAAGAUUCCAUCAUCAUCAUCGUCAUCCAUCAAUUUACAUAGAGCAAAAAUGAAAUCGUAAAAACCCUAAUUAAAAUAUUUUCACGUAUAUGACGGACUAAAUCAAUUGAAUUUGAUAUCCUUUUCUGGGUUUCAUUGACGACCAAGUACGUCCUCUCACAGAUCUGCUUAAAAUUUGGCUUCGAUUAUCACUCACAAAACCUAAUUUGUUUUUCUUGAACUUUUUUGGGUGAGAUUUUGGUUCUAAUUAGAUCUAUCGUUGAAUUUGUGAAUCUGACGGAAGACGACGAAGACGACGAAGAAUCCGAAUCCGAAAUCUAAACCCUAAUUUGGUUGUUCGAUUUUUUUUGUUUUUUUUGUUUUCAUUGGUGAGAUUUUGAUUCUAAUUAGAUCGAUCUGUCGAUUAGUCUAACGGAAGACGAAGAAAUAUGAAAUUAUAAAUCUAAACCCUAUCAGAUCGAGAUUUUCUGAACGAUAUUGUUGAUUUCUUAAACCUGAUUUCGAUUUUCUUAAAAAAGGGAACAAUAAUGAAAACAGUAGUAUAUCAUGGGGAAAACUUACUGGGGGAAGUAGAUAUAUAUUUUGAAAACAAUAAGAACAAUACAGAAAUAGGAUUGAUGAAGGGGAUGAGGAUAACUUAUUAUUCAGAAGCAAGUGAGCGAUGUACACCACUUUCUGUACUUCAUACGAUUACCAGUAAUGGAAAUGGUGGACUUUACUUCAAAAUGAUGGAGUCUUCAAACAACAAGAUGCUUUAUUUUCAACAACAGCAAGAAUCUCAGCUUUUUGCUGUGCACGCCACUUGUCUCAGAGAUAACAAGACUGCUGUGGUGCCACUUGGUGAGCAGGAGAUUCAUUUGGUGGCAAUGCGUUCAAGAAGAACAGGCAGUGUAACCCCUUUUUUCUGGGGUUUCUGUGUCAUGCCAGGGUUGUAUGAGUCUUGUCUUGGCUUGCUAAACCUCAGAUGUCUGGGUAUUGUGUUUGAUCUUGAUGAAACGCUAAUUGUUGCAAACACACUGCGAUCUUUUGAGGAUAGAAUUGAAGCCUUGCUGAGGAAAAUAAGCGUGGAAACUGACCCACAACGGAUUGCUGGUAUGAUGGCAGAAGUGAAACGCUACCAGGAAGAUAAAGCUAUACUCAAGCAAUAUGCUGAUACUGAUCAAGUGGUAGACAAUGGGAAAAUCCAUAAAAUUCAAGGAGAAGUUAUUCCAGCUCUUUCUGACAAUCACCAAACUGUUGUCCGCCCCCUUAUUCGAUUACAGGAAAAGAAUAUUGUCCUUACUCGAAUUAAUCCCCAGAUUCGUGACACAAGUGUACUUGUAAGGCUAAGACCUGCAUGGGAUGAUCUACGCAGCUAUUUAACUGCCAGAGGCCGGAAGCGCUUUGAAGUUUAUGUUUGUACAAUGGCUGAAAGAGACUAUGCUUUAGAAAUGUGGAGACUUCUCGAUCCAGAUGCAAAUUUGAUCAGCGGGAGAGAGCUAUUGGAUCGCAUUGUUUGUGUGAAGUCUGGAUCAAAGAAGUCGCUUUUCAAUGUUUUCCAUGGUGGGAUUUGUCAUCCCAAAAUGGCUUUGGUUAUUGAUGAUCGCCUUAACGUGUGGGAUGAGAAAGAUCAGCCUCGGGUGCAUGUUGUUCCCGCAUUUGCUCCUUAUUAUGCUCCCCAAGCCGAGGCCAACAAUGCUAUCCCUAUUCUGUGUGUGGCUAGAAAUGUAGCAUGUAAUGUUCGAGGUGGUUUUUUCAAAGAUUUUGACGAGGGCCUUUUGCAACGGAUGUCUGAGGUUUCAUUUGAAGACGAUCCCAAAGAUAUUCCUUCUCCACCUGACGUGAGCAAUUAUUUGGUAUCAGAGGAUGAUGUCUCUGGUUCUAAUGGAAACAAAGAAUCAAUUUGUUUUGACGGGAUGGCAGAUGCGGAGGUCGAAAGAAGGCUUAAGGAAGCAGCUUUGUCCUCUUCUCCAGAUUCUUCUCUUUCUUCAGCAACAGCUACUGUUAACUUUGAUCCUAGGCUUGCAUCACCUCUUCCAUACACUGUUACUACUUCCAUGACAAUUCCACAGCCUGUACCUCAAGCGCCAAUCUCACCUUUCCCUUCUAAUUUAUUCUCGCAAGCAGGCCCCUUAGCUAGAUCAUUGGGUAACAUUGGUUCUCAGGAUAUAGGCCUGCACAAUUCCCCCGCCCGUGAAGAAGGUGAAGUACCUGAAUCUGAGCUAGAUCCUGAUACAAGGAGGCGACUCCUCAUUUUGCAGCAUGGACAAGAUAUGAGAGAAAACAUGCCGAGUGAACCCCCAUUCCCAGUAAGACCCACAGUUCAAACGCCCAUUGCAGGUCCAGGUUCUGUCCCGGUCCCUGGUCCAGUUCCUGUGUCUGUUCCUGUUCCAGCCCCCGGUUCUGGUCCAGGCCCAGUUUCUGUCCCCAUUCCUAGUCCCAUUCAUGGUCCUGUCCCAGGUCCAGUUUCUCGGGUACAAUCACGUGGGAGCUGGUUUCCAGUUGAGGACCACAUGAGCCCUGGUCCUCCGUCUCGAGUAGCAGCUAAAGAGUUUCCUAUAGCUUCUGAUUUACUUGUUGAGAGGCAGCGUCUUCCUCCGCCUUCAUUUCCUCGAAAAGUGGAAAGCUCAGUUUGGUCUGAUCGUACUUUUAAUGAAAAACAAAGACCACCAAGGGAGGCUUCUCGUAGAGAGGACAGAUUGCGGCAAAGUUAUUCACUGCCUAGUCAUCAGUCAUUUCGAGGGGAUGAAAUUACUUUGAGCCGAUAUUCUUCGAGCAACAAGGAUUUUGAAGUUGAGCCUGAACGAAACAGUUCAUUGGCAGAGAGUCCUUCAGGUGCUUUACAUGACAUUGCAAUGAAAUGUGGAACAAAGGUUGAAUUUAAGCCAGGAUUGUCUGCUACCCUGGAGUUGAAGUUUUCUAUGGAGGCUUAUUUUUCUGGAGAAAAAGUUGGUGAAGGAAUUGGUGUAAGUAGAAGGGAAGCCCAGCGUCGUGCCGCAGAGGCUGCUUUGAUGAAUUUGGCUGAUAGAUAUUUGACUCACAUAAAGUCUGAUACUAGCACACCACAAAGUGAUACAAGUAGAGGUCAGAGUCCAAGUGACACAAAUUCUCAUGAUCAUUCUUCAAGAAAAGAAGAGACUGUAGCACCUUCAUCUGAGCUCUCUAAGCUGGAUGAAUCUCGUGUAGAUGGUUCUAAGAACUCCAUAGGUUCAGUUUCCGCUCUUAAAGAAUUGUGCUUUAAAGAGGGCAUCAGUGUCGAAUUCAAAGUUCAGUCUCCAACUUCAACUAAUACGGUUGACAGAGAUGAAAUACAUGCAAAGGUGGAAGUAAAUGGGCAAGUUUUGGGUAAGGGCACUGGAUUGACAUGGGAUGAGGCAAAGCUGCAGGCCGCUGAUAUGGCUCUUGCAAGCCUUAAAUCCAUGCUGGGUCAAUUUACUAAACACCCAAGUUCUCCACGGUCGUUACAAGGAAUGGCUAAUAAACGCUUGAAGCCUGAGUAUCCGCGGACUUUAGAGCAUAUGCCAUCUCCUAGGUUUUCAAGGAAUGCAUCACCCGUGCCUUGAAACCAUGGUCAUUAAAUUAUCUUCUAUUGUGAUCGUAUGGUGUAGUUGGUGUACUGCUAUGCCACUCCUGUCUACUGGUUGCAGCAUUAUCAAGGCCCUCAUUCAUUCUCCUCAGAGCCCGAUCCCCCUAUCGGUCUUUUCUAAGACACCUAAUUUUGAAGACAACCUCAAAUAAUCGCCCGAGUUCAAAUUUUUUGAUUGUAUGCUAAGAAUCAUGUAUUUCCUACUUUUCACCGGUCGCUUGGAGAAAUUGCCAAUGUUGUUCCCCCAUCACCCAACUCGGUGCAAUGUCACUUGGAGAGGGUCAUUGAUAUCCUGAUUAAACAAUUGAAAGUUGGAGCGUAAAUACUUGGACUUAUAUCGUAACAUCUGAUGUACAGUCGAAGGCUUAUUGUUGUAGAAGAUUGGUCUGACCAAAGCAUUUCUCUUGGCAAUUCCGAGUUAAAUGGUUCUAGCUCGCUGGACCAGAAGAUCAUUUUUGCGGCUUACCAUAUAUACGUGACACUGUCGAAAUUGACCUGGCCGAAUGAUGUUAGAAGUCGGUAACAUUGAUCAAUUUCUUUCUGAUGUAGCAUGUUGUAUGUUAUGAUAACAGCAUUAUAUUAUGUAGCUACUUAGCUAGUAUAGUUAGUUUUUCAUCCUCAAGAUUAGGAGGCUAAGAUAAAUUGUAGUUGAAUCAUUUUUUUUUUUUUUGCAUAUUUUGCAAGAAUGAGCGUUAUCAUAUAUUCAAUGUGUAAGAAUCAAGAUAUUGCCUCCUUUUCUUUUGGGCAGUUGGCAAAGUAAAUGUAUUUAUUGUUGUCCGACUUAUUA